UGUCGAUUCGGAGUGAAAAAUAGUAAAGAUAAGGGCAGGGGAAAUUUUUAUUGAUGAAAAAGGACAAUCAGUGGCUUCAACAAGUUGAAGGAAAAAAAUUAAUCUCAAUUGGAGUUGAAGAAAGAAUAAUCGAGUAUUGAUUCAAUCAAAUGUUGAAUUGAAUUGGUUGAGGAAUUGAUUCGGUUUUUGUGUUGAUUUGGAGUGAAAAAUAGUAAAAAUAAGGGCAGGGGAAAUUUUUAUUGAUGAAAAAGGACAAUCAGUGGCUUCAACAAGUUGAAGGAAAAAAAUUAAGAUCCAUUGGAGUUGAAGAAAAAAUAAUCGAGGAUUGAUUGAAUUAGAUGUUGAAUUGAAUUGGUUGAGGGAUUGAUUCGGUUUUUGUGUUGAUUCUGAGUGAAAAAUAGUAAAAAUAGGGGCAGGGGAAAUUUUUAUUGAUGAAAAAGGACAAUCAGUGGCUUCAACAAGUUGAAGAAAAAAAUUAAGAUCAAUUGGAGUUGAAGAAAAAAUCAUCGAGUAUUGAUUCAAUUAGAUGUUGGAUUGAAUUGGUUGAGGGAUUGAUUCGGUUUUUGUGUUGAUUCUGAGUGAAAAAUAGUAAAAAUAGGGGCAGGGGAUAUUUUUAUUGAUGAAAGAGGGCAAUUGUGGGACAAUGCCGCCUUCAUCUCACUCCAACUGGACGAAACCCCUGCUCAAGGGCGGACAAAUGAUGCAGAUGCAGGUGAAACGUGCGACUGGAAAUGUGAGGCAGAAUGUUCAGGAACUGGACAGGAGGAUCAAGGUGGUGCUCGUGGGUGACGGAGCUGUUGGGAAAACCAGUCUCGUUGUCUCGUACUCGACGAAUGGAUUUCCUGGGGAGUAUGUGCCCACUGCGUUUGAUAAUUACAAUGUGGUGGUUAAUGUUGAUGGACUGCCGCUAAAUGUCCAACUGUGUGACACAGCGGGACAGGAUGACUUUGAUCCAUUGAGAUCGCUGUGCUAUCCCGAGACAGAUGUCUUCCUCGUUUGCUACAGCGUCGUGUGCCCAUCGAGUUAUCAUAGUGUCAGCUCUCGGUGGGUGGACGAGGUCAGAAAGUACUGUCCUCAUGCGCCGAUCAUCAUUGUGGGUACAAAGAGCGAUCUCCGCUCGGACGUUCGCCUCAUGCUGCAAUUAGCUAGGUACGGUCAAUCACCGAUAACAACCGCUCAGGGUCACCAGUUGGCCCAAAGGUUAGGGGCAGUGAGUUAUGUUGAGACAUCAGCAUUGACUCAACACGAUCUCAAAGAGGCCUUCGAUCAGGCGAUAGUCAGUGCACUCAGCACAAGGCGUGGUGGUGCAAAUUUGCUGUCACGUCGUAGAAAACCACCUCCACUCUGGCGAAGAUGGUUGUGCUGUUGGGAAAGACCGCCCUCGUCAGCCCCAUAAAAAACAUUCCCCAAAAAAUUCGAAUCAUCACAAAAUGAAAUCACUGCAAUCGUUUUUGUUCCCCCUCGAGUCUUCUUCAUCGUGAAUUGAGGGUGUCAUUCAAUCUGGGAGUGAGUGUCCCUCGAGAAUUGUUUUUUUGGCUCAUUCUAAUCGUGACGAUGACGAGAGAAAUACGUUUAUUUAUGUUAGGCUGAGUCGACGAAUAACUGCGAAUAUAGAUUUGACGUGGGCGAGCAGACAAUAUUAUAAUCAACUCACUUGAUGUCUUGCCAAGUUAGCGUUAUUAGACGUUAUUCGAUGCUCUGGAGAGACUGUCCAUCUGGUAAGGACUCUGAAUCAAAAGGUGAUCGGUUUUUUGGGGAUUUUAUGCAUUUGUAAUUGGAAUUAUUCGUUAAUUAACACUUGAAAUGCGGUGGGAAAAAGUGAACUCCAUAAAUUGGGAAUUAUCUCGAUAAUGGGUGGUUUUAGGAGGAAAUAUCAUAUAAGCUUCUUUGUAGCUGAUGAAAUGCUCUAGAAAAAGUGCUCUAUAACUUUUCGUCCUAGACCCACCCCUUAACAAGAUAAUUAAGCAAUUCUAAUUAGGAUUUAUUCAUUUAUCUACAGGUAAAACGUGAUGAAAAAAAUGCAGUUACUUAAUUGGAAAUUAUCUCGGUAUCUAGUGGUUUGAGGAGGAAAGGUCAUAAGAGCUUCUUUGUAGCUGAUGAAAUUUUCUACGAAAAGUGUUCUACGACAUUUCGUCCUAAAUCCACUCCUUAACGAGGUAAUGAAAUAAUUAAUUCUUCCUUCGCGUUUGAUCACUUGAAAAAAUUAUUUCCAUGAUCUCAUUUCAAUCAAAAGUAAAAUUAAAAUAAUAAUAAAAGUGGGUGGAAACCUUCGAAUUUCUACAAGUUGUGUCGACGAUAAUUUCCAAUACCGUAGAGAUAAGAUUUCGUAUCGCUGAUUACGAACUAUGAAGAAAUGACAAACAAUGCAUUGAAUUCAAAACGAGGGAUAUUGAAUUGUGUUAGAGGACCAUGAACAACUAGAUUAUGAAACCAAUUGCCUAAUUUUAAAAUGUAAUAGUUAUUUAUUGGAACUAUAGCUUCCUAUUAUGGUAUUUUUAUUCGCCACUCGCUGGUUGUGAUCAUUCUUUAAUCGACAUUUUCGUAGUCACGGUUGAAUUCAUCGCUUAGAAUAUAAUUCGCCUUUCGUAUGAGGAUUAAAAAGUAAAUUAUUGGCACUCGGUUGUGAUUUUUUUUUGUUUACAAAACGAUUUUUUAUAAACAUCGGCUCAAUUUUUUAUUAUCUAUUUUACUAAUUUAUACUAAUGGAUUUAGAGGGGGGAAGUGUAUGUAUUGAUUUAGGUCGUAACACUGCUGACAUUUAUUUUCAUAUCAUGAACAUCACGAAUAUGGAUAUGUUAUUCUUGAAAGAUAUUCGAAAGUCGAUAUUUCUGGGAUUUUUUGAUUGGAAAGAGGAAAAUUCUAGUUGAAAAACGGAUUUAAAUAAAUAUUUAUGAUUUUCCAUUAGGUUUUUGUUUAAAGUUCAUGACAAAAUGUACAAAAAUCAAUUGAGAAACUUUGAAUAACCGAUUUUUUAAAGUAUUGUUGUCACAUUUUUAUCAAAAACUCCCAAAAAUGUCUGUCUGGGUAUCCUCAUUUAUCUCUAAUCAUUGACAUAACUGUUUGUAAUUAUUUAUAAGUGCGUAAUGAGAAAAAUUAAUGAUUAACGAUGAGUGAUGGAGGAAACUAAUUCGUGAUGAAUUAUUGAUUUUGUACAUUUCGAAAUAUCCUCGGCACUUUUGUUCUCAAUUCUGUACAUAAAUAUCGUCAUUUGCAAUACUCUGAGGUAGUUUGUAUUCAUUCAUUCGAGUGAUCGAUGACCAGCGGAUGAUUAAUUUAAUGUAAGGAAUUUUAGACUGACGAUAAUGUUGUAAUGAUUAAUUCAUAGUAUUAUAGACGCUUACUCGGAGUAAUUAAAUCAACGGUAUUUUUUUAAGAAAA